AUGGCUCUGCAAACGAAAUCCCCAGCAUGCACCGACCACGAUGGUCGUGAUCUUCUGUCUGGGAGAUUCCUACCUCUGACCGAUGCGUCUUCUUCAUCCUCUAUCUUCGAUAUGUUCAUCAUUCCCUCGGAUCUUUUGUCUUUUGCCGCGCUGCUACUAGCAUGCACCUCGACAGCUAUCCCGCUAGGUACGUCUUCACCACAAAGCGAUGCACAUCGUCUGGAGCGCCGUUUGGGCGGUCUGCCAGAUACUGCGAGCAGCGAAGCGAAGCUUGUCGAGGCUGCAAUCGACCGGCAAGCAGUUACGCUGCAAUCCGGCUUGACGAGUCCCAGCGAGGAAGAUCCUCUGGUCGCGUCCACCGCGCACAAGCCGCGCAGAGCACCUUUGGAGCGCUCAAAGAGACCCAUCUCUCACCGGACCAAGUGGCAGAGUGUGCGAAGACAGAAGGAUGACUUGACAAAGGCCUCUGGUCGAAAUUCUCCCUUGAGCCUGCACGAGUGGCGCGAGUUGCGGGCAGCUACCCACGCGCUUGCCGAUCAGUCAGACUCGGGCGCUCAAGAUGCCGCCACUCUUCCUCACAUCAACAAACGUGGCUUUCCCUUGAUUGCUCCCACUUCCCGCACAGCAGCAGCAUUGAAGCAGCGCUUCUCCAAGCCUCGAAACGGCGUAUGGCGCGGCAUAUCUAGUCUCAAGACUAUGAGCACCGGCACGGUCGGCGCGAUCAUUCGCUCCAUCAAGAGUGUUCAGGCUUCGGCUGGAGCGCAAGUCAGUACGCGAUUGAAGGUCACUCGUCAACCGUGGAGAUUGCCUAGGAUCAGGAUGAAGUUGAGAUUGAAGCUCAACCUCAAAGUUGGGUCUAAAGCUUCGAUGAGGGACAUGCUGCCUUGA